AUGUUACAGUUUCCGGCGUUUAUGACGCAGUACCAACUGUCGACGAGGAUGAUUCCGACGUCGUAUUUGCUACCCUCUCAGUGGCCUCAGCCCCAAAGUGAAGAACUCCUUUUAGCUAUGGAGGAGUCUGACUUUGAAGAAAAGUGCAAUGAAAUCAGGAAGAUGAACAGCAAUCUGAUUGUGAUAGGGAAAACAACAAAUGAAAAUGAUAAGGAAGACUUUGACAAUGAGGCUGAUGACGAUGAUCCUGACAAUGCAGAGGAGUCUGAGGGUGAGGAAUUUGAGCAAGAAACUGGUUGA